AUGGCCGGAGACGGGGUGUGCGCCGGGGCCGUCCACGCCGUGAAGGAGGUGUGGGAGAGGAGGAUCCAGAUACUCACCGAGGACCUGAAGCGUGAGAAGGAGUUCAAGCAGAAGCUCGUGCGGAUCUGGGAGGAGCGGGUCAGCCUGGCGAGGCUGAAGGAGAAGGUCACCAGGGAGAACGGCCGGGUUAUUUUGAAGAUCGAGCAGGAGGAGUGGAAGACCCUUCCUUCUUCUCUCCUGAAACUGAAUCAGCUGCAGGAGUGGCAGCUGCACAGAACUGGUUUGUUGAAAAUCCCUGAGUUCAUCGGAAGAUUCCAGAACCUCCUUGUGUUAGAUUUAUCUCGAAACACGAUCUCAGAGAUACCCCGCGGGAUAGGACUGCUUACGAGACUCCAGGAGCUGAUUCUCAGUUACAACAAGAUCAAGACUGUCCCCAAGGAGCUGGGCGGCUGCGCCGGGCUGGAGAAGCUGGAGCUGGCCGUCAACAGAGACAUCUGCGAGCUGCCGCAGGAGCUCGGCCGCCUGACGAAGCUCACCCACCUGGACCUGAGCAUGAACAGCUUCACCGCCGUCCCUCCCGCCGUGCUGAGCAUGCCCGCCCUCGAGUGGCUGGACCUGGGGAGCAACCAGCUCCAGCAGCUCCCUGAUGCCAUCGAGAGGAUGCAGAGCCUGCACACGCUGUGGCUGCAGCGGAACGAGAUCGCCUGCCUGCCUGAGUCCAUCAGCCGCUUGAAAAGCCUGGGCACGCUGGUCCUCUCCAACAACAGGCUGCAGGACAUCCCGGCGUGCAUGGGCGAGAUGCCCGGCCUGAGGUUUGUCAACUUCCGAGACAACCCGCUGAGGCUGGACGUGACCCUGCCCCCCGCGGAGAGCGCCGAGGAGGAGGGCGAGCAGGAGCUGUUCGGCCUCCAGUUCAUGCGCGCCUACAUCCGGGAGGCCCGGAGACAAGCGGGGGACGCAGGCCCCGCCCCUGCAGACCCCACUCCUACAGACCCCGCCCCUGCAGACCCGGAUGGCUGA